AUGGUUUCCUUUGACUGCAGUUUGUUAUCCCACCAGCUCAGCAAGACUGGAGUUUACCAAGCGCCGAGCGGAAUUGUGAUAUUCAGCACGGCAGAACCCAAAGACGGGCAGAGUGGUCUGGGUGAUCAAGCAGAACUGGAGGCCAUACAUCUGUCACAUUGA